CUCCACGAACGUUAAGCAACGGACCAUCGCGGUAUACAGUCUCCGCUUGAGAUUAGUGAAGCUAGACCUGAAGGCCUUCAGCAGAUAGGCCGGAUUGUGGUGGAUAUAUCGAAGAAGCCUCCAGAAUGGAGCCAGUAUCGCUUGCAACAGGCCUCAUCAGCGGUAUCCAAACAUGUCUUCAUGCGUACAGGGUCGUCUCUGCAUGCUUGAAGAGCAUGAGAAACAUGGGAAAUGAUGUUGCCGAUUUAGAAGACCGCAUUCUCGAGGCUGAGAGUCGACUUUGGAUUUGGGGACGCACCCACCGACUUGUUCUUCGAGACGACGAGAGACCGAACUUUAGCGAGUUAAACUCCAUGCCCGAGGUAUUCGCCGAGAUCAUAGACAAACGACUGCUCUCAACCAAAGAGUAUCUCGAAAGUGCCAACAGAAUCGUCGCACAGUAUGGCGCCGUUGCUAUAAGCGAACUGCCGACUAGAUAUUAUAGAUUAGCUACUCAUAGCUCUGUGAUUGAUAAAUUCAUCACCCCAGAGCAAUCCAUCCGCGUCUCGCGGACUGAACUGGAGCAAAAGAGGCGGAAGGAAGCCUUGCAACGGACCAGCCGUCCGAAGAAGAUCCUCUGGGCUAUGAGAGACAAGGAGAAAUUCAGACAUGCGGUAGAAGGUCUUGAGAGAUGUAACGAUGUUUUAUACAAGCAAACGUCGCAGCGGCUCCGAAUACUUCUUUAUGAAGCAGUCGCGAGUAGGGGAGACUAUUCUGGACCAGUCGCAGAGCCAGGACCAGAUGAGGCUGGAACCGCUCGGCAGCAGCAUAAAGCGAUCAAUGAGGCGAUUGAUGACAGGAUGCGGCAGGAGCAAGACGCGCAGCGACUCGUACUCCAGUUGGCUGAAGAGAGUCAAGAGCAGAAGUUCAGGCGACAAUUGGAGGCGUCUCGCCUUAAGGGUCUCGCCCAGCUAACCUUGGAGGAAAAGCCGGAGAGAACAAGGAUGACGCUUAUUAGCGACGGAAAAGAGGAACGAGUGCUGGUCGAGUGGAAGCGGUAUGACCUGUCUCUCAUUGACAGGAACGAAAUGAGACUCCGCAUGAGCGACGUCGUGGGCAUGCUCAAUUUCCCGCCGACCUUCCUGCACAAUGUCCUCAAGUCAUAUGGCUUUUUCGAGCAUAACCGUCUAAAUGCGAUCAGUAUCCCGGAGCACUGGAUCGGCGUCGUUUACCAGAUGCCUGCCAUUAUGAAGAACAACCCGGACAUUGCCGUGCGAACGCUCGCCGAGAUGCUUCCAGCUGUACGAGACGAGGAGAACAAGACGCUCAAACACGAAGACUUGAGGCCUCCCUUAGGUGACCGAUUCCGCCUGGCAUCGGGACUCGCGGGAACUUUACUCUCGAUCCAUAAUUGUGGCUGGCUGCACAAAGGCCUUCGUCCAGAAAAUGUAGUCUUCAUCUCCCGGCAAACAUCAAUCACAAUGCCUUAUCUGAUGGGUUGGGAAUAUUCGAGGCCAGCGCAGCGCGGGCAAAAGACCGAAACAGUUAUUUCGUCCGGCUCGGAGCUGGAACUGUAUCAACAUCCGGAUUGGUUCAAGGUCGACCGAGACAGCUCCAGCGGGGAAGCACGAUAUCGGAAAGAAUUCGACCAGUAUCAGCUGGGAUGCGUACUACUAGAGAUUGGAAGAUGGCGGUCCUUAGCAGACUUGAGACAGAGUUGUGGGCGGCAGUUUGGAGGGGAGGAGGGACGGGAGGCGUGGCGUGAAUACCUCCUGACGCAGGCGAGGAAGUUGAAGCCAGACAUGGGAGCCAUCUAUGCAAAGGUCGUCACCAAGCUUCUGAGAGGAUUGGAUGCUAAUGGCAGGAAUGAGGAGUUUUGGGAUGCUGUGGUGCUGCAGUUGAGUCAAUGUAACGCGUAAUGGGCAAUGGCGAACCUUGAUCCGCACUAGCACUGAUCAGGACUGGCUUCUUCAUUUCGUCCACCCGCGCCCAGGCUAUAAAUUUUGGACGCCCCCAAGUCUAGGAUGCAGAAAUGGGCCUGGAGCAGUUCAGAUAUGUUGCAUUGGCUCGACGGGUCUGC